AUGGGCAAGAUAGCUAAGUUAAAUAAUAACGGUCGACUAAGAACCCCUAACUGGUCACUCGAAGAAAAACAGUACCUACUCGAGUUAAUUAAACAACGCAAAGAAGUGGUCGUUACAAAAACCAACAAUGGUCCAAACCACUACGAAGAAAAAGACGUCGCUUGGAAUGAAAUACUUCGCGAGUUAGCCGCGAAAUUUGGCUGUAAGUUUACCGGUAGUUCUAUAAAGAAAGUGAAGACUCAGUGGCAGAAUAUGAAGAGAAUAGCUCGCGAAGACGUAGCGGUAAAUGGCCCGCAACUGCAAAAUUAUUCCCGGUUAUCACUGGAGGUUUGCAAUAUCCUAGAAUUAGUGAAAGAUGGUGUUCUCAGAGGAGAAAAUGAAAAUUUGAAUGAGUCUUCUUCCUCAAUUACUGCCAAUAUUGAGAUCAAAACAGAAUGUAUUGAUGAGGAUAUUAACCAACCAAGUUGCAGUGGCUUGAAUAAUACUUUGGCCUCCAUGGAUACUGAUAUGCCUUUGGAUAAAACCAAUAGUACUCAACUUGAGUCUUCUGCUGCAUCAUCAGUUUCUGAACAAAUCUCAGAAUCAAUAAAUGAUUUUGAUACCCCGGAAGAAAAUGCUGCUAACAAAACUGUCACAAGAACUGUCUCAACAACUACUAUGACUGACAUUCCUUACAAUUACAUGGAAGAAGUUUUUAAGCUAACUAAUCCUUUUUAUAGAGAGCUUCAGGAAUACUUUCACUAUACAACAGCAGAAAAGCAAAUGAAGAUGGAAACAUUAAAAGAAGAGCGUCAGGUUGUAAGGGCUAUGAGAGAAACGGCUGAGCUGAACAAAAUUAUUGCAGAACAAAAGUUGAAGCAUGUAUUAUGGGCGAAAAAGCAAGACAUGACAAUGUUUAGCAGUGAACUUGGUUCGGGUGCCGGCAAAGGCGGCGGCGGUGGUGGUGCCAUCCGUGAGGCAGGUGGUUCCUUUGGAAAGAUGGAGGCUGCCAGAGAAGAAGAAUACUUUUACAAAAAGCAAAAAGAACAGCUGGCUAACUUGAGGGAACACUUGGACAAGGAGAUCUCCUUCCAUCAGGACCAGAUUAAACGCCACGAGGACGCUAUCCGUCGGCACAAACAAAAAGUUGCUGACAUGGAACAGAAGUAGAUAGCAUGCCGCAAUUCAGGAACAGAGAAA